ACAUAACUUCCUAAGAUGGCUAACUACGCGAGUGCCUCCGCUCCCUCGCCUCCCCCCGCCUCGCACAGUGGUUCAGCCCGGGCUCCGCUCGGCGCACCCCGCCUUCCCCGGCCGCCCCCCGCGCGUGUGGUGCAUUGGCGCGCGGCGCCGAGGGGCGGGGCCCGGGGCGGGCGCGCGCGGGCGCCGCGCUAUAAAUACUGGGCCGCGCCGGCCGUCCCCUCGUUUGCUCCGCGCCGGCUGACAGCCCUCGGUGGAACGCAGUUGCUGCCUCGCUGCCGCUCGCUUGCCUCAACGCCGCCGCCUUCAUCCUCCGCCACUGUCGCCAACAUGAACGGGCAGCUCAACGGCUUCCACGAGGCGUUCAUUGAGGAGGGCACGUUCCUGUUCACCUCCGAGUCUGUGGGGGAAGGCCACCCAGAUAAAAUCUGUGACCAGAUCAGUGAUGCCGUCCUUGAUGCCCACCUCCAGCAGGACCCUGAUGCCAAAGUGGCAUGCGAAACCGUUGCUAAAACUGGCAUGAUCCUUCUUGCUGGAGAGAUCACAUCCAGAGCUGCUGUGGACUACCAGAAAGUGGUUCGUGAGGCCAUUAAACACAUUGGAUAUGAUGAUUCUUCCAAAGGAUUUGACUAUAAGACUUGUAAUGUGCUGGUAGCCUUGGAACAACAGUCACCAGAUAUUGCUCAAGGUGUUCACCUUGACCGGAAUGAGGAGGACAUUGGUGCAGGAGACCAGGGUUUAAUGUUUGGAUAUGCCACUGAUGAAACGGAGGAGUGUAUGCCUUUAACCAUUGUCUUAGCACAUAAGCUCAAUGCCAAACUGGCUGAACUGCGCCGCAAUGGCACUUUGCCUUGGUUACGCCCAGAUUCUAAAACUCAAGUGACCGUGCAGUAUAUGCAGGAUCGAGGUGCUGUGCUUCCCAUCAGAGUCCACACGAUAGUUAUAUCUGUUCAGCAUGAUGAAGAAGUUUGUCUUGAUGAGAUGAGGGAUGCCCUAAAGGAGAAGGUCAUCAAAGCUGUUGUACCUGCAAAAUAUCUUGAUGAGGACACUAUCUACCACCUGCAGCCAAGUGGCAGAUUUGUUAUUGGCGGGCCUCAGGGUGAUGCAGGAUUGACUGGCCGGAAAAUCAUUGUGGACACUUAUGGUGGUUGGGGAGCUCAUGGAGGUGGUGCCUUUUCAGGAAAGGAUUAUACCAAGGUGGACCGCUCAGCUGCUUAUGCUGCUCGUUGGGUGGCAAAAUCCCUUGUUAAAGGAGGUCUGUGCAGGAGGGUUCUUGUUCAGGUCUCUUAUGCUAUUGGAGUUUCUCAUCCAUUGUCUAUCUCCAUUUUCCAUUAUGGUACCUCUCAGAAGAGUGAGAGAGAGCUAUUAGAGAUUGUGAAGAAGAAUUUUGAUCUGCGCCCUGGGGUCAUUGUCAGGGAUCUGGAUCUGAAGAAGCCAAUUUAUCAGAGGACUGCAGCCUAUGGCCACUUUGGUAGGGACAGCUUCCCAUGGGAAGUGCCCAAAAAGCUUAAAUACUGAAAGUGUUAGCCUUUUUUCCCCAGACUUGUUGGCGUAGGCUACAGAGAAGCCUUCAAGCUCUGAGGGAAAGGGCCCUUCUUCCUAAAUUAUCCUGUCCUCUUUCAGCUCCUGAUCAGUUGCAGUCACUCUAUAGUCAAUGACAUGAAUUCUAGCCUUUGUUGGGACUGUAAGUUGGGCUUGCUAUUCUGUCCCUAGGUGUUUUGUUCACCAUUAUAAUGAAUUUAGUGAGCAUAGGUGAUCCAUGUAACUGCCUAGAAACAACACUGUAGUAAAUAAUGCUUUGAAAUUGAACCUUUGUGCCCUAUCACCCAACCCUCCAAAGUCCUAAUUGCAUUGACUUCCCCAGCAGAUGCUGAAAAUGUCCUUGUAAUGUGCACGUAAAGUAUUUGUAGUUCCACUCUAGCCUCUGUCUGGCAAUGCCACAACCCUGUCAGCAUGAAUUUGUAAUGUCUUGAGCUCUAUUAUGAAUGUGAAGCCCUCCCUUAUCCUCCCUGUAACUCAAUCCGUCUCUAAUUAUGUAGCUCUUUGUCAGGGAGUGUUCCCCUAUCCAAUCAAUCUUGCAUGUAACGCAAGUUCCAGUUGGAGCUCUAGCCUGACAUAAGAAAAAGGCAGUUACCAUUAAACCAUCUCCCUGGUGCUCAUGCUCUAACGGCCACCUCUAACAGCACCAAAUCAAAUCUCUCCACUGUCAGCUAUCUUUUGGAGGACGUACGUAAUAAGGUUUUUAUUUAGUACACCAAUCCUAUGCAUGGUUUCAGCACUAGCCAAACCUCACCAACUCCUAGCUCUAGCAAACAGGCACUUGGCACCCUUGUGACGUCAUACAGAGAAGUCACAGGGCAGUCCCCGAGGGUCUGUAGGUUGCACACUUUGGUACCAGAUAACUUUUUUUUUCUUUAUAAGAAAGACCGAGUACUCCACACUGCACAAUAACUCCUCCCAGGGUUUUAACUUUGUUUUAUUUUCAAAACCAGGUCCAAUGAGCUUUCUGAACAGCUGGUGUGGCUACAGAGAAACCAGCUUCCUUCAGAGAGCAGUGCUUUUGGCGGGGAGGAGGCAAUCCCUUCAUACUUGAACAUUUUCUAAUUGCUUAUUUAUUGUAUUCUGGGGGAUGGCGUAAGUACAGAGAAGCCAUCUCCUCAGAUGGCAGCUUUUAAAAGAUUUUUCUUUCUCUCUCAACACCAUGAUUCCUUUAACAACAUGUUUCCAGCAUUCCCAGGUAGGCCAAGGUGUCCUACAGAAAAACCUUGGGUUAGACCUACAGGGGGUCUGGCUGGUGUUACCGGAAGGGAGGGCAGAGCUGGUGCGGCUGGCCAUGGAGAAAGCGGACUUGGCUGGUGUGGUACAGAGAAGCCAGCUUGUUUACAUGCUUCAUCCAUGACUGCUUGCCCUAAGCAGAAAGUGCCUUUCAGGAUCUAUUUUUGGAGGUUUAUUACGUAUGUCUGGUUCUCAAUUCCAACAGUUUAAUGAAGAUCUAAAUAAAAUGCUAGGUUCUACCUUAA